GGCUUUACCCGCACACUGUGAGGGAAGCGCGAGUUUCCUGUAUUUAAUUCAACCUGAGAGUGAAACAGUCCACUGAUCACACUGUGGUGUUGUUGUGUAAAUCACAUGCUUUCUUGCUAUUACAUGUGUAUAUCAGAAAGCACUGUCAAGCUGUUGCUAGUAAAUUAGCCACUACUGCUAUACCGGAGUAGUAUGGAGUAUUUACCCGGCUGUAAUAAGAGAUAUAAAGACGUGGAGUACUGGAAUGAACGGUACCAAACCGAAGAGACUUUUGAGUGGUUUGGGGACUUCGCCAAAUUCCGCCAUCUUCUGGUCCAGCAUGUGAGAAAAGAGGAAAACAUCCUGAUGUUAGGUUGCGGGAACAGCGCUCUAAGCUUGCACAUGUACCUGGCCGGCUACACGACCAUCACUAACGUGGACUACUCAAGUGUGUGUGUGGAGAGCAUGGCCCAGCGUCACAUUGACUGCAUGGGCAUGAGCUGGGUGUGCAUGGAUGCUCGUCGUCUGGCUUUCCCUGAUUCCUCAUUUGAUGUGGUCAUGGAAAAGGGCACACUGGAUGCCAUGCUUGUGGAGGAACGAGACCCCUGGAACAUUUCAGAUGCCAGCAUCCAGCUACUGCACGAAGUUCUCAAAGAGAUCAGUAGGGUCCUAAAGCCUGGAGGUCGUUUUGUGUCAGUGACCUUUGCACAGCCACACUUCCGGAAGAAACUGUAUGCUCGCCAAGAGUAUGGCUGGUCCAUCAACCAUUAUCACUACGGCGACAGCUUCCACUACUUUCUUUAUGUCCUCACCAAAGGGGAGGAGCUUAGCCCAGAAGAUGCUGCAUUAGAGAGAAGGGUGCAUUCCCAGACGGAUGACCUGCCCACUGUGGUCACAUUUCCGGAAGAUGAAAAUGAGGACUUCCUCACUAACAUUGGCCUGUAAAAUCUUGUAACAGUGAGCUCAGCCAAGGAAAACAAAGACCUCUGGUUUUCUGAUAGUUACGUUUUAAAUGCUUUUUUACUAGGGAUUCAAUAUGGUAAUGUUAUAUGGAACAUCAUGGAAUGUUUUUUGUUUGUUUGUUUCCUGGGUGUUUUAUUGUUUUAUUAGAAAAUUUUUGAUUAGAAAAUUAUCAGGUCCUUGAAAUCUGAAUGUGAUUUCAGAUUUGUACAAAUGCAAUGUAUAAGGUCAUGUUAGAUUUUGUUAGCUUUGGAUAUCAGUAGGAAUUUUAUUGAAUUUUGCCAUAAUUUUGGUAAAAUUAUAUUUUUGUAAUAUGGGUGCUUUUUAAAAAAAAAUAAAAAUAAAAUAAUAAUAAUAAUAAAAUUUAAAAAAUCUGAUAAUAUUCUUCUUCUCCUUCCCUCUGUCUCCCUCCAGUUUAUGAUUUCUUGUCUCUUUCCUCUAGUCUGGCCUAACUUCUACAUGCUGUGUUAUGGGUAUAAAAUAGGCUAAACUCAUUUGACAUUUUUACAUUCAUACAGAGACAGCCCUGUCAUAGAUUAAUCCCCAAACAACAAACUGUUUCAUUUGCUAUUUUCAGGAAACUGAGCAUGUGUGCGCAGACACAUCCUGUUGUAAAUGAGGUUUAAAUUUUCUACUGGCCACCAGGACUUGGUGACAUUAAUUAAUAAACCAGAAAUCAUUUAUUUUUAAUUUUGCUCUGAAAUCUAAUUACUAGCUAUUUUUAAAGAAUGGAAAAAGGUGCUGUCAUGAUCCAAAUAGAAGCCUGUGCAUUAUACCGUGUUCCCUGUUUUUCCCUUCACCAUGUUUCCAGUGUUUUUUCUCCCUUGUGUUUCUGGUAAUGUGUGUGUGCACUCCACCUCUGGGGCUGUCGGAUUGAAUCAUUGACUCACCUGCUUCUCAUCAGCUCAUCAAUCAGCAGUGUAUAUAAUCCCCGGUUCUUCAGCCACUCAUCACCAGAUUGUUCUGGCUUCAGUACGGUACACUUCCGGUCUUCCUCACUUUUGUUUUCCUUGUUAUGUCUAGUGUUUUUGUUGUAGAGUUUCCCUGUGCUUAUCUGGGUUUUUUUUCUGUGUUCCAGGUUAACUGCUCUCGCUCCCUUUCUGUUCACUUUCAGCUCACUUGCUGUUACGCCCAGCCCUGCCUUGUGGUGGAUCUCCUGCUCCAAGUUCGAGCC